CUGAAAAUCUUUCUUUCAUUCCACUCUUUACAAUCAUAUCAUUUUAUAUUCCACAAAAUCAUUGUUAAACUGGCUUCAAAAAUAUGAACGCCAAGCAACAAACAAACCCCAAUUUUGUUUCAGCUUGUCUCAUCUUUACAUUUCUGUUUCUCUCCUACUCUGCUCCAGUUUCGGCUGACGAAGAAGAAAAUGAGAGGGAGUUCGAUUACUUGGAGAACAGUGAGAAAGGUCCCAGCCAUUGGGGAGAUCUGAAGAUGGAAUGGAGUGCUUGCAAAAAUGGAGUUUUGCAGUCCCCAGUAGACUUGUCCAGUCAGAGAGUGAAGAUUGUCAACAAAGCUGGAGAGCUGAAGAAGACAUACAAGCCCUGCGAUGCCAUUCUCAGGAAUCGAGGCCAUGAUAUUUCGCUUAAAUGGCAUAACUGUGAUGCGGGUUUAAUCAAUAUCAACGGUACCGAAUACUCUCUCCAACAAGUUCACUGGCACUCACCUUCUGAGCACACCAUUAAUGGCGCAAGGUAUGCCUUGGAACUACACAUGGUACACCACAGCACUGACCCCAACUUCAACCACAGUGUAGCCGUCAUUGGACUCCUUUACAAAUUGGGUGCACCUGAUGCUUUCCUCUCCAAGCUGAUUACCAAUGUUACAUCCAUGGCUGAUGAGAUGCAAGAAAGGGAAGUAGGGGUGAUAGAUCCCAACAUGAUUGGGAUCGAUGGCAAGAAGUAUUACAGAUACAUAGGCUCAUUGACAGUCCCUCCAUGCACUGAAGGUGUCAUUUGGACAAUGAACAAGAUUAUAAGAACUGUUUCAAUAGACCAAGUUCUGGCACUCCGACUAGCAGUCCAUGAUUAUGCAGAGUCAAAUGCAAGACCUGUGCAGCCACUCAAUCACAGACAGAUCGAACUUCACAACCCCAACUGA